AUGGCAUCCAUCACCAUGACAGCCUCAAUCCUUGGCUUCCCGACCGCAACUAAUCGGUCAGCCGUAGCAACACAGAGAAGAUUCGUUAUCAACGCUGUCAGGGCUGUUGAAGGGGAAAAGAUGGUUAGAUACGACAAAGACAAGGAGGGAAGCAAUGGAAGGAGAGAGUUGAUGUUUGCUGCAGCCGCUGCCACUGUUUGCUCUGUUGCUGGUGUUGCAAUGGCUGAUGAAGAUGAACCUAAAAGAGGUACCCCAGAAGCAAAGAAAAAGUAUGCCCCUGUUUGUGUCACUAACCCAACAGCUCGGAUUUGUCGCAAUUGA